ACCUUCACUUCAUAAGUGGGUUAGAUACAAAUUUCCCCGCAGAUCAACAAAUGUAAGUGCUUGGUGCGAACUUGUCCAUUGAUUUUUACGUUUGUGUGAGGUGUGGUUUGUGGUGUGUUUAAAAAAAGUUAAAAGAAACAGUUAGUUUUUGUAAAUUGUCGAGAAUGUAUUGGUGACCGUGCGCCCCCGAAACCGUUCCGAACGAAAUAAAUAAAUCAAGGGGAUCGGCUUCGAAACAUCCGGGGGAUAAAAAUGGUUUUGGGGCAGUCUGUUUAGGCUCUUUAAACGCCCCAAAUAUAAUUGAAAAUGAGUAGUUGGGCGGCCAGGAUGCAUAGAAGGGCCGCUACAUUCGGCAAUGUGGUCACUUCUUGUGGACAUCCCUCAGCACCUUAUCCUCGAAGACUGGAAAAAGUUAAAUUUGGGGUACCCCUUGAAGAAGUUUGUAAAAACGAUAUUCCGGGACCAUUAUUAGUAUUAAUAUUAAAGUUAAAUAAAGAAGCUCCCUUGAGGAAAGAUGUUUUUCGUGCCCCUGGUCAUCAAGGUGCUAUGAAAAAGCUCACGCAUUUUUUGCAAACAGGCCGACUGAUUAAUAUGGACAAUUUUAGUGUGUAUACAAUUGCUAGUGUUCUCAAAAAGUUUUUGAGAAAAAUUCCCGGUGGUGUUUUUGGUAGAGAAGUAGAACAUCAAUUUUUUGAAAUUAUUGAUAUGACAGAUCUUAAAGCACAGAGAGAUAAAAUACAUAGAAUAAUAAGUUCGCUUCCAAUGUAUACCCAAAAACUCCUGGUGCUUCUUUUCGGUACGUUUCGCGUAAUAGCUUCAAAUAGCGAUUCCGCGGGUACUGGGAUGACCAGCGAAGCCCUGGGCGUGAGUGUAGCCCCAAGUUUUUUCCACACGUGCGUCAGCGACGGAAAAACGGCGAAAAUGGAAGAUGUUAUGCGUUAUAAGGCUGAGGUCAAUGUUGCUACAAGAGUGAUGAAACAUCUCAUAGAAGAAUUUGCUUCAUCCGAUUUAUUCGGUAGAGAUAAUUAUGAGUUUUACGCGAGGGUAACCGGUCGUGUGUUACGCGUUCAAGGCGAAUGGAUAUGUUCCUUUAAAUAUCCGCCGGCAGCGAAUUCGAAGGGUCACAGCCAGAUCUUCCCCGGUGAUUACACAGCACUGGAACAGUAUUUAUUAGGACAAGUCUCGUUAGAGGCUGAAAAAACUUGGUUACAAUGCGAGUGCGAUCGCUGGCGCACAAAAUAUACUUUAGAAGCAAUGUCACAAGUGGAAGAAUGCCAAUCAACUCCGGUUUUAGCUGAGUCUGGAUUGAAAACACAAACUUUAAAUUCAAGUUCUUUGGGGAUGAUCGCAGAACAUACUUUAUUGGAAAGUUGUACGCGUUUGAGUAUAUCAUUGGAACAAAAUGGAUUAUUUAAGGGUAAUAGCACUUCGAGAUCUUCGAGUGAAACGCAAUCGUCGAAAACGAGCGCGACUCAUUCAGCGCUUCGAAUGACUUUAGACGAAUUACGGGCGGUUAAUAGAUACGCGGAGAGUACAAGAAGUUUAAGUUAUCUUCCUCAGGUGCAUGAAAGACAAACGGAAAGAAUGAGGACGAGAUCCCAAUGGUUUUUAGCACCAUCUGUUGAGUGCUCAAGUUGUGGGGGUUCUUUAGAAAUUCCUUUAAACAGUGCUGAUAUGACGGCUCUAACAAAUACGCUUUUAAGAAAACCUUCUUCAGGAACAAUAGUUGGCGCUAUGGGUUUAUCUUUAAGUGCUGAAUCAAUACAAAAAAGACCGAGUAUUAGACGAUCAAAUUCAAGAGAUAAACGUCAUUAUUUACACCGUUCGUCAAGUAGAAGGAAUAAAGAAAAUGGGUCGAGAUCAAAUAGUUUUAAAAGUCGCGGUGAAAAGAAAUCGACCAAUUCCCGUUCGGGUAGUUUCAAAAUAAAAUACGAUGGAGUUUCGCGUUCGUGCAGCUUCAAAACGAAAACUGAAUUGUGCACGUGUCCGUCAUCGAACGAAAAAUUAGCGGAUGAUAUUCAAGAAAUUGAGCAACAACAAACGUUCGAUUCGGUCGUCGUUGGUGGUUCGCAACCGUUAAGAACUUUUGAGACUAUACAUGUCACCUUGACGUAUAAGCCUCGGAUUUAGUUUUUAUUAAAUAAAGAAAAAUAUGAAAACAACGACAACUAAAAAAUGCAGCCCUAAAUAUUGAAGGUUUUUUAAUGUUUUUCGUAAAUGGCUGUGGGAUUUUGCGGUAUUAAAAAAAGAAAGAGAUAAUUACAUCACCCAAAUUGUGUUGAGGGUUCUUUAAUUUUCGUUAUUGUGUAUUAAUAGUUUUUUGGGGGGGAAUAAAAUAUAAAAGAAUAAAAAGAAUCCGUCAUUUGAUACGCUUAAUAUAUUAACUUAAUAUAAGUAUUGAUACGAAUACUAUUUAUUAUUGAAUUUUAAGUUUCUUAAAGACAAAAAAUUAUUUAGAAUACUUAAAAUUUGUAAUAAUUCGUAAAAUUAGUAUUUAUAUGGGAUUGCUUAAAACUAAAAAGUGAUUUGCUUAAUAUAUCAUUAAUUUUAUUCAAUCCUAUAUAUUAUUAUCUAAAAAAAAUAAAAAGAAUUAAUCGUCAAAUGCAUUUAUACAUAUCUUGACGAAGAAAUAUUCAAUGUUCAGGGAUUUGUCAUCAUCACUUUUUUAAUUUCAUUUUUAUUAAGAAUUAUACCCAAAAGUAUCUAAUUUUCUGUUUAUCAUUAAAAAAAGAAUGCAUUCCAGAUAUAUUUUAGCAUUUAUUUUAUUUAUUUUAAUGUUAAAAACAUUUUUU